AUGUAUUUAGAGAAUUAUAUCAAGUAUAAAGAGAGCAAUGAUAGAUCAUUCCCAAAACUUCUAAUUGGAACAUGCCUAGGGUUAAGUAAUUCGGAUUAUCCCUUCGAAAACAUGACUAUAUCCUAG